AUGGAUAUAAUAAAGGAAUAUCUAUUGGUACCAGCAAAGUAUAUGAUAUUGACAGAUGGAAGAAUUUGCCUGACAGUUCACAGAAAUUGGCUUUCCCGGUUUCUAACAGUUGGUCCAUUUACGUUUAUCAAUCAUGAUCGAUUGUCCAGCGAUGAGAUAGCCGCGCAACCGUCUCUCGACGAAUUAGGUUGCGAUUGGCUGAGAAUAUAUGCAAAAGUAUAUGUAAAACAGUACAAGAAUGCGAUCCCUUUGCCAAGAGGAAGGCCUACCAGCACAAAGAAUCAAGCGGAAUUAAUGUUUUCACAAUUGUUGCAUUAUGUAGCUGAAACUAAUUACAGAAACCUAUGGAAAGAAACUUACAAGAAAUAUUAUAAUCCUUGGAAUUUUGUUGAACAAAAGGAGCAAUCUAAUAUCACAGCUAAUGCAAAUGACGUUGCUAUUAUGCAUGAAGUACUAAACAGGAUGUAUGGUUGUACUUUGGUUCAAGUGCAACAUGGUGUGGUUUUAUCAGUAUCGAAUGGCACAUCAUCCGAAGCACAUUGUAAUCUCGUACCGAUCCAUUUUGUCAUAGAAACACCAUCCGCUUUUAUAAUUUUUUAUGAGCAGAUCGCGAAUUUCUCUCUUCGCGAAUGCGUAAUGUAUAGUCCUGCUGCUCUUAAUACGAGUCAUGGAAAAUCAUUGUUUGUAGUUUAUCAAUUAUUAAGAUUAUCCAGAGACUUGCACGAUCGUGGUCUUGCAUUGGGAGAAAUUACACUUAGUGACAUAUUGAUCACAGAUAAUUUUACUAUUAAGGUACUACCAAAAUUAAGUGAUAAUAUUUAUUUAAAACCUGAAAAUGGGUAUCCUAUUACUUCUCAAGACAUUAAAGAGAAAAAUUCCAAUAAUAAUGCUUACAAUAAAAAGGAUAACAUAUCUCAUUCAAAUAACAGCGACUUUGGUUUAAAUGAAAGCAUCGAGAAAUUGUGCGAGAUGUGGGUGUAUAAUUGUAUCAGCAAUUUUGAUUAUUUGACUGCACUCAAUAAUUUAGCUGGUAGAAGGUACGGCGAUCCUAGCUGUCAUCAUGUUAUGCCUUGGGUGACGGAUUUUACAUCGAGGAACGGUGGCAAUUGGAGAGAUCUAACAAAGUCAAAAUUUCGAUUAAAUAAGGGAGACAGACAAUUAGAUCUCACAUUUGACUCACAAUCAACUGAGGUUGGACAUCAUGUUUCGGAUGUUUUGUCAGAAAUCACAUAUUAUGUAUAUCUUUCACGUCGAUAUAAUAAGUCUGUGCUUUGUAAACAUGUACGAACUUUAUGGGUACCUGGAGAAUAUCCAGCUUCAAUUCAGAGGUUACAUGAUUGGAGUCCUGAUGAAUGUAUUCCACAAUUCUUUACUGAUCCUAAUGUUUUUAAGUCUAUUCACGAAGAUUUGCCAGAUUUGGAAAUUCCAGCAUGGGCAACUUCUCCAGAAGAUUUUAUUGAAAAGCAUAGAGAAGCAUUAGAAAGUUUUUACGUUUCGGAAAGAUUGCACCAUUGGAUAGAUUUGACUUUUGGUUACAAAUUGUCUGGUUUUGCUGCCGUAAAAUCAAAAAACGUUUGUCUACAGCUAGUUGAUAAUCAUACUGAUUUAACUAAUUCUGGAGUUGUACAACUUUUCACGCAACCACACCCACAAAAAAUUAUCCCAUCUCCUUAUUGGGGUAAAGUACCACCUCGUCUUAGAUCCGCGACAACUUCAACUAAAAUCAAAAGUGAUCAAUCAAACAGAAUCAGUGAUGAUGAAGGUCACAGUUCUGGUAUCGAGGAAGAGGAAUCAGCCGCUACGGCAACAAACGCAGCGAGAUCGUCGCCUCUCGUAUUGAGUCGCUUGUUGAGUCGUUCUAGAGGUUCUUUGCUCUCAGAGGAUAACAUUAAAUCGGAUAAAUCCGUUAAUCAGCCUAUUAUUCUGCCAAAGGAUUUUAAUCCUGUCGCGGCGAUCGUGCAAGUAGAAACUAUGCACGCUUUCAUGAAUAAAAUCAACCAUCGAAUUUAUAAACCUACAGUGGGGUCGCACGAUCUUUCUACAAAUUACAAACAGAUUGUGGCCAGUGGUCGUAUCAAGGAACAACAGAUACUCGGUUGCUUAAUGGUAGAGAUAUUUCUAGCCGGCAAGUUUCGCGCGACUUGGAACAUUGAAAAAACGUCAUUCGCGCAUAGAUUUGCGACGUGUCUAAACAUUUUGAAGACAUCGGCUGAUAAUUUACCGAAAUGUAUAAAAAAUAUCGUAUCUCUGUUACUUCAGAUUGAUAUUAUGCCAAAGAGUUAUAAUAUAGAUAACGUAGAGCCGAAUGACAUUUCAAUGGUAAACGAUGAGAUUCCUUUUCGUUAUCCAACAAUAACAUACAUGGGUCUUCCGCCACCAUCUGCGCAUCAAUUUCUUCAACCAAUUUUAUCCGGUAGUCUAUUCCCAUUCUCCAAAUAUUGUCAAUAUUUAUAUAAUAUUGUGGAAAUGUUGCAAGAAUAUAAUGAUUUGAUACGAGAAUUAAAUUCUAUUGUGAGGACCGAAGAUGAUAUCGAAUCUGCGAUUAAAACAAAGACAAAAUAUCUGUGUAAAAUUAGCGAGUGUAAGGUAAAAGCAAUUGCAAGAGAACUCGAACGAUUGUUACCUUACGCCGGUAGCGCGAGAGAGGCCACCUUACAAUUGAUAGUUCCUCACAUAGUACAAAUUAUGGAAGAUCCUUAUAGCGCGGUUUUAUCAGUGUGGUAUCUUUUUGAUCCUAUCGCAAAAACAUUGGGGCCGAAGGAUACGGCAGAUACGUUUCUCUUGCCUAUCACCAAAUUAUACGAGAAUGGUUCCAUCAUGGACAUUGCAUUGUAUGCCGAUAUACUACCCGCGGGAACACUCGCGAAGUUUCGAACCACUCGACUGUAUCACAGAAUGUUUUUGCUCAAGCUGAUAGUUAGAUUAGGAUUACGUAGAUUUCUAGAUAAUUUUAUAAAUCCUUUGGUGGAAGCAGUAGGAGGAUAUAAAGAUUAUAUACAAGGAUCCCUUGGUACAUGUACACAUAGAACUGGAAAUCUAAAGAGCUGUGACUUGAGUGGACCCUGCAGUGACGGGGAAGGCGUUUUAUCUCCAUUGGAUGAAGAUUCAUUCGCGGAUACUGAACAUAAUGUUGCUUCAUCUUUCGAACCAACGAGCAAUAAUCAUGUAUCUAAUGUAACCCUAGAUAAUGAAGUUGAAGAAGUAUUUACUAUGGAACCAGAGGAUAACACAUGGAUUUCUUUAAAUAAUACUAUACCAUAUGAUAUCGACUUACAUAUAGAUCUCAACUUGAAUGCGAAUGACGAUUUGAACGACGAUGGGAGCAAAAAUUCACCGAGCGGCUCUGUGAAAUCGCCAACGAUUCCGAUACCAAAACAAUCAAAUAUCGGUGGGCCUAAAUCAGUAAUCGAAUUUAAUAGUAUUGGCUGCAAUGUCGGUAGUAAAACCUCCAGCGAAGAUUUCACUUAUGUUAGUACAUAUGGCACAAAUAUCCAUUCCGGCAGUAAUCUCUCCGAGAAUGUAUGCAGUUUGGUAGAAGCCAAGGAAGACAUGUGUGCUACGCUUGCCAUCGAUCUUGACAACAAACGCAACGUGACCGAAUCGGAGGAAGAUUCACUACAUCAUCAAUUGGAUAUUUAUCGAAAAUCCACUCCCAGCGAAUGUACAAUUUCCGAAAUGAGUGCAGAAUCCGUUAUUUGGCUGUCUCACAGACUCGGCCCGGUACUUACAGCGCGGCAUUUGUCACGAAACCUUCUGCGAAUGCUGACGUUAUGUUAUGCCGGGAAAGAAAAUCUAACGUCGGUCGAUGACAAUAAUUAUGUAUGUCUGGAAGGUGUUACAUGGAAAAAAUCGUUAUUGGCUGGUGAUCGAAAUGCUGUUAAAGUUCUAGAAUGUCUCACAGCUAUCGCAGGAUUAUACGGAGAACAAAUUAUAUUAUUACAAUAUUUCGCACAUAUGGUUGAAUUGUUGGCGCUAUGCAAGAGAAAGUUAACAUUAAAUUUGGAAGGUGGUUUAAUUUCUUGCCUGGCUCUAUUGAAUCAUAUUACGGCAUAUCUCAGUGACUCUACUGUGAUGGACGUGCUUCAUGAACCGAUUGUUAAAUCCAUCCUACAUCCCACAGUACGUAUACUGUCGACCGCGAGAUUUACAUUUCCAAAUGGAAUACUUGCGCGUCUCGCUCUGGCUGAAAAAUGCUUGGAAGCAAUGCUCAUUCUUAGCUUACGUCUUGGCAGCGUAAUUACGAAGAAUCACUUAGCAGUGCCGAUUCAACGUUUCUUUCUGGCUUUCGACAAAGCCUUCAGUGAGAAUUCGAACACUCAGGGCUUGUCGCAUAAUCUUGGAAGAAACGCACCUUGUGAACACUCUAUACGAAUAAAGACUACAAAUGAAAGUACAUCGGAUAACAAUGGAAUCAGUGCAUGGAAUAAACUCGAUACAGAUAUUACGGAUUCGUAUUCUCCUCCGAUAUUGGAAAAUAGCGACGUGCCAGAUUUACAAAGAAAUAAAGCAUUUGAAGAAUUACGAGCCGUGUUUACUGCUGAGUUUGCUCAUAAAGCGUAUAUGCUCUUUUAUAGAUGCGUCGAUAGCGAGAUGAUGGAACAAAUACUUAAAAAUCACGAUCGUAUAAAAGAACUUUGUCACGAUUAUGAGCAGGGAAUAAAAGCGAGCUUCUUGAAUACUGAUAACGCAGACAGAUAUAAUGUAUCUGUGACUUCCGUGGAUGUGACAGAAAAUGCGGAAUUAAUCGAUAAAGACGUUUGCAGUUUUGGAAAUAUAUCCGUGAUAGGAAAUAGAUUCGAGAUACAAAACGACGACGUUAGGUCUCAAUCGAUGGCAACGGAAGCGAGUGUCGCUGUCGGUUGUCGCGAGACAACCUGCCCGUCAUCCGCUGGCAGACAAUUACGUGGUAAUUGGCUAGCUUAUUGGGAACAUGAGAUAGGAAGACCGGAGAAGGAUGCGUUAUUUAAUAUAAAGCAGAUAAAGCUUCAGAAUUUCAGCGGGCAUACAAAUAGCGUAAGAUGUAUGUAUGUAUUGGACAAUGAAAAUAGUUUUAUGAGUGGUGGCAGAGACAAGACUGUAAAAUUAUGGAGUUUACGGAGCCAGGGUGACGGAAGUACAGUCUCGUCGUGUCAAUAUACAUAUACCGGACAUAAAAAAUCUAUUCUUUCACUUACAUUCCUGGAAUCCUUGAGAUACGCAGUGACAUGCGAUGGUAUGAUUCAUUGUUGGGAUCCUUUUAUGGGUUCGCUUCUAGGCUGUCCGGAAAGCAGUCGUCCCGUCCCCGUAAACACUUUAGCCUCGAGUCCUUCUCCAUCAACAACUCUUCUUGUGGGAACAACAGAUAUUACCCUUAGAGUUAUCGAUUGUAGAACAUUCCAGUACGUUAAUGAAAUGAAAGUUUCCAUGAAUCCAACUGGUUUAAUAAGAUGUAUCGCAGUCGCACCUAGCGGUAAUUGGGUUGCUCUGGGUCAAGCAUCGGGCUUCUUGACGAUACUCGAUACUCGCACUGGUUUGAUUAUCGCGUCUUGGAAAGGACACGAAUGCGAGAUAUUGCAGUUGGAAGCGAUAAACGAAACCACCAUAGUUAGUUCUUCAUUGGAUCAAACUAUCGCUGUGUGGAGCGCAAUAGAUGGAAAACUUAAAUUUCACAUGAAAGGUGCCACAGAACCUGUGCAUUGUAUGGCGAUGCAUGAACAGGAAUUAGUAAUAGGAACGACAGCGAAUCGAAUCGGCGUCUAUACCGCUGUAGAAAUGACUGCUUCAUUUUCUUCAUCCAAAUUGAGAUCCGACGCUUUUAAAGGUGUUCUUACUGCCAUGGCUGUCCUUCCUCUUAAUCGACUGUUAUUAUUAGGCGCCGACAAUGGUGGGAUAACAUUAUUGUGUUGAGAAUUCAUCAAAUAUAUACAAAAUGGGCAAAUACCGGACAUACUGAAACAGUAUUAAGCACAAUAUGAAAAAAUAUUAUAAUUAUGCACACAAUUUAACAAUGUAUGAUAAACUUACUGCUAUACGAUAAAUUCCAUUUUUACAAAUA